CCCGUCCCGUCCCGUCCCCGCCUCCAUGCCGCCGUAGGGGUGGCUGCCCCCUGUCGGCCCCAGUCCCGGUCCCUGCUCCCAUGUCGCGGGCGGGGAGCGAUGGCACCGCCGCGCUGGAGCGGGCCGGGGCGGACACGGUGAAGCGGGCGGUGGAGCUGGACCUGGCGUCUCGGUUCCAGGAGUCGCUGGUGUGCUACCAGGAGGGCAUCGACCUCCUGCUGCAGGUGGUGAAAGCCACCAAAGAUGAGACGAAAAAGCACCGGUACCGGCAGAAAAUAUCCGAGUACAUGACCAGGGCUGAAGACAUUAAAAAACACAUUGAAAAAGAGAAACAAGAUGGCAAAUACCAUAAGCAAAUCAGGAUAGAGGAAAACGCAACCGGUUUCGGCUAUGAGAAGCUUUUCCAAGAGUAUCUUACUGAGAUUGUUUCUGAAGUUUGGGUGGAAGACCCUUAUAUUAGGCAUAUUCAUCAGCUGUAUAACUUCCUGAGAUUCUGUGAGAUGCUAGUUAAGGGGCCAUGCAAAGUGAAAACAAUUCACCUCCUCACUUCCUAUGAUGAAGGCAGUGGGAGGAGUCAACAGCUAAGUGGCUUGGAAGAAAUUGGACAAUCAUUGAGGAAUCAUGGAGUAACGCUGAAUGUUGACUUUUCAUCUUCAAUACAUGAUCGAGAAAUUAGAUUCAACAAUGGAUGGAUGAUUAAGAUUGGAAGGGGUCUUGAUUAUUUUAAGAAACCACAGGGACGUUUCAGCAUUGGAUACUGUGACUUUGACUUGCGGCCCUGUCAUGAAACAACAGUGGACGUCUUUCAUACCAAACAUACAAAGAAAAUGUGAUCAGGUGUGACUGCUUUUAAUGAGUGUUUUUAUAAGCAUAAAAAACUAAGAGUAGAAGAUGCUGCUGGAGUACAGCAGUCCAGCUUCAGAAGCUGCUCUUCUAAAUCCAGCACAUCUUUUAUAAUCACCAGGUUUAAGAAUAUUUGAGACUUUUCACUAUGAGAAAACACAGCUGCACAAUUCCUGAACUGAACUUCUCCCAUAAUCUUAAUCCAUGUCUAAAUUUUAUCUUGAUUUCAUAACAGGCUCUCAAUACUGUCUCUCAAAGGCCCCUUUACUGUCAUUUUUAUUUUUACUAUUGAUUUUGUAUUGAGCAAUUUUUUUUCUUUAUAUCUUUAAUUGACCACCUCAGAAACAUUUGAAGUUGGGCUGCCAUGUCUUCUUUUAUAAACAGCCUUAUUUAUUUCCUGUCAUGACUACUGUUCUGCCAUGUUUUAGUCAAUCACAUAAUACCUGGUUUCACAGACUGUACUCAAAACCCUAAAUCUAUCAUUCCAUUUUCCAAGCUCCUUGCACACAAACAUUGUAAUGUUCAGUAUACAGACAUAUUAGGGUUGUCUUACGUGUCUCUGCAUGACUAAUUUGGGCUGGAAAGGAUGCAUACAGUUGUUUCCUUGUUGCUCCUAUACAUCAUGGGAUAAAGGAAUGUAUGGUCAUGUACUGAACUUCCAUGCUUUGCAUUGAGUGUGGAAAGGUUGUGUGGUCCUCUCCUAGUCUUUUUCUCUGACUUGCAAUUUUAAUGUCCUUCCAGCUAGUCAUGCCAGUCUGAACUGCAAUAAGCUUUUUCCCUAGUACCUAAGACAGUUGCCUAGACAAACAAACAAGCAAAAAGAUUUAAAAAUUCUUCCACAACUUGGAUACUGUGAAACUUUCUUAUUAAUAAUGAUUCUAAGAAAUAUGCUUACUGGGGGUAAAAAAAACCAAAACCCAAAAAACAGACAAAGUCUUGUAUUGUCUUCCCUUCAUCUUCUGGAAAGUGGAAGGUAUGACCUGAACUGCUGCCGUUUUUUUCUCCUAAUACAAGAGUUCUUGGUUAUUGUCAGCUAGAAUCUGGCAAAGUCAUAUACUCUGACAUGAGGAACAGGCAGUGGCCUCUUCUGCAGAUCCUAUCAAAACCUUUUCAGCCUCCAGACUGAGAAGUGCCUUGUGUUUUCUGCAUCUUGUAAUACAAUAUGCUUCCAUAUUGUAGUAGUAUGUUCAUUGAAAGGUUUUUUCUCUCUCCUAUGUUUCUUUUUCCUGAUGGCCUGUGCAUUCCAUUGUCCUUGUUUAAUUAUUUUCUUUAUUCUUUUACUUUUUGCAAUCUAAUGCUGCUAUUCUUUUAGUCUUGCCUCUAAUGCAACAAAUCUAUUCCUCAGCUAUCAAGAAGAAACAGAGCUUGUCUUUGCCUUGUUCUCUGAGUCACUAUUUGCCAGUGGUCUGCCUUUUUUAUCCUUUUGCAUAAUAAUGUCUCAGCUUUUCAGUGUUACAUCAGCAAAAAGAAUAACACGUGUGCCACAGAAACUGUGCACUACCAGACACUCUCCCCAAACAUUCCAUAGAAGCUCCCUGGCUUGCUGCUGUGAUACUAGGUUUCUGGUAUCUGUUAUCUGUUUUAUUCAGUUGUGUACAACACAUGCCUAUUUUUAAUGGGAAUAAAGGUUAUUUUUUAUGA